AUGUUUGGAGGCUGUGCCGUGUUUCGGAGGGCUUGUCUCUUGAUUAUGGCUAAGUUUAGGUCGAUUGUGGAUGUAGCUUCCAUUAGUAUUAUUACAAUGGUUAGGUUCUCAUGCUUCAAUGCUCACAUUCCUUCUCACAAACCAAAGAAAACAGCCCAACCUUUGACAUUGACUAAAGCUUCAAGCUUAAUCCUUCCGAAGGCACAAGCAGAUACUCAAAGUAGUAUUGGAGUCAGGGAUGUUACCAGCACUGAUGUAUCUGUUGAUCAAAGCUGGAAAUCGGACAAGAUUGAGAACAAAAUGAAUGAUAAGAAUGACAUAGGAGCCCAUCAGACAAGUCUUAUUAGGAAAAGUCAGUCUCUAGGAAGUAGAUUAUGCCAUGAGGGAAGGGUUCUAUUUGACAAUGAUACUGAGGAGGAGAUAGAUCAAGGAGUCUUUAGUGAUUCCCUUGAUCAAAAUGGGUUACUUAGACCAGAGGGCAGCAAGGAUUCAGGACUAAGCGCAACUAGUGAGCAUGAGAAAGCUCUGCAACUAGAUUCUGUUAACAUGAGUUCUGAAUUUGUCAAGAAGGAAUGCAUAUUCUCAAUUGGUGAUACUCAGCAUUCUGGAAAGGAAGGCCCUGAAAAUUCUGAUACUCCAUUUUCUGGUGAAGGUAUAUCUGGUGACCAGUCACCUCACAGCCAUCCCAUCAUUCAAAAAUCAUGCUCUUUUUCAGACCUGGGCCCUUAUGCACCAACUUUCGAUGGAUGUUCGUAUGAAUAUUUAGCACCUCAGUCAAGAUCUUCUGAGGACCUACAUGCUCUAGAAAUGAGGUGGAAAACGAUUUCAAUUCCAGGUGAUGAAACUCAGGAGUUGAAAGAACAAGAAAGGGAUGAUAACUUGCCUAAAGCUGAGGAAAGCAAUUUCAAAAGUUGUCUUGAUGAAGGUUUUGACUUUUAUAAUUACUCAGCUUUGGCAAAGGACUGGAUAAUGCCAGUUACAGAUGAAGUGAACUUGGCGAAAAAUCUCCAAGGGGAAUCCUCCACUCAGCAGUGGGAAGAAUUACCGAGUAAGGAUUUUAAAAUGAAGCGUAUACAGGACUGGGUAAACAAUCUUCAACACUAUGGUUCUUUGGAAGAAACAAAUGGAUUGCCUGAUACUGAUGACCCAAUUAAGGGAGAUUCCAAUGAUUUGACUUCUUCAAAGUUUGAUAAUAAGGACACUCCUGGCAUAGAAGCUGCUAAAAAAUACGUAUCUUCUUUGAGUAUCUCUGCUACCACAGCUCAUCUGUCAAACCAUGGGCUGGCAGUGAUCCCAUUUCUUAGUGUAUUUGGUAGCUUGAGGGUGCUUAAUCUAUCGGGGAACUCUAUAGUAAGAAUAACGGCCGGUGCCCUCCCUCGAGGACUUCAUAUGUUAAAUUUGUCAAGAAAUAAUAUCUCCACCAUUGAGGGUUUACGUGAGCUCACCCGACUUCGUGUACUGGAUUUGAGCUAUAAUCGAAUAUUCAGAAUUGGACAUGGUCUGGCAUCGUGUUCCUCCCUGAAAGAGUUAUACUUGGCAGGAAAUAAAAUAAGCGAGGUAGAGGGUCUCCACCGAUUGUUGAAACUGACCGUGCUGGAUCUGUGUUUCAACAAAAUCUCUACGGCCAAGUGCCUGGGCCAACUUGCAGCCAACUACAGUUCCUUGCAAGCCAUCAGCUUGGAAGGAAAUCCAGCCCAGAAAAAUGUUGGAGAUGAACAACUCAAGAAAUAUCUGCAAGGCCUUCUCCCCCAUCUGUUUUACUUCAAUAGGCAGUCAAUUAAAGGCAGCACUUUGAAAGAUGGCGCUGAUCGAUCAGUUAGGCUAAGCAGCCAUCAAUUUGAUCGUGGCCUCAGGUCAGAGAACAAAUCCUUAAGAAAGGUUAGCCAUGGUCUAGCUGGUUCAAGGCCAUUACCUUCAUCAACUCAUGCUCGUAAAAAUCAGCAUGCGAUCUCAUCUAAACGGUCAAGUGGGAGGCAUCUCCUUCCACGACCAAGUGGAACCCUAGCAACUAUGGGCCAUCGUCAUCAUUUCAUUGAUCUUGGUAGCAAACUCCAGAACUUUAGAUCAGAGUUCUUAGUUCAUAGGAGUCGAAGUGAGGGGACUCUGGGAGCUAUCUAG